UCAAAUCUGGAAAUAACACUCGGAUCGUCAUCUUCCACAGUAUAACUUGCAUUUCUCUGUGAAAACCUCAUAUGGCUGUACCUCUGGCUUUGGGUUUUGUACGUCCGGUCACCACUCCAUUGCUCCGUUUAACUCGCUUCGCAAAUCCGUUUCUUCUCUCUAGAAAUCAUCAAAUUUCCGCUUCGAGAAAUGCUUCCUCUGCCUUCAAUCGUAUCAUCCAAGCUUCUCUUCAUUCCAGUUCUGCGGGUGAUUCAGUUGGAGCAAAAGAAAACGUCGGCCAAUCUGAAAUCAUUUUCAUAGGAACUGGUACUAGUGAAGGGAUUCCGCGUGUGAGCUGCCUCACUAAUCCUGAUAAGACAUGUCCGGUUUGCUCCAAAGCUGUAGAACCGGGUAACAAAAAUAGGAGACUUAACACGAGCCUUCUCGUUCGCUUCCCCAGGCCAUCUGGAAAAUGCAACAUUCUUAUUGAUGCUGGCAAGUUUUUCUAUCAUAGUGCUCUGACAUGGUUUCCGGCUUACGGGAUAAGAACAAUUGACGCGGUUAUUAUUACUCAUUCUCAUGCUGAUGCAAUUGGAGGUUUGGAUGAUUUACGUGAUUGGACAAACAAUGUUCAGCCUUCUGUUCCAAUAUAUACAGCAGAGCGUGAUUUUGAGGUGAUGAAGAAAACUCACUAUUAUAUAAUAGACACAAGCGACGUCACACCUGGUGCUGCAGUUUCGGACUUGCAAUUUAACAUAAUACAAGAGAAACCGUUCCUAGUACAUGAUCUUCAGUUUACUCCUUUACCAGUGUGGCAUGGCCGCGGGUAUCGUUCUUUAGGUUUUCGUUUCGGCAAUAUUUGUUACAUUAGUGAUGUUAGUGACAUUCCAGAAGAUACUUACCCUCUUCUCGAAAACUGUGAAAUCCUUAUUAUGGAUGCACUAAGACCUGAUCGAUCUUCGGCAACUCAUUUCGGACUUCCAAGAGCCUUAGAGGAAGUUCGAAAAAUCCAACCGAAAAGAACACUAUUCACUGGUAUGAUGCAUUUGAUGGAUCACGAGAAAAUAAGCGAAGAUCUGAUGAAGUUGAAGGAGACUGAAGGGCUCGAUAUACAACUCAGUUACGACGGGCUUCGUGUACCGAUAAGUCUAUAGCCUCUCGUCUUAUUCAAACUUCUUUCAAAUCAAUUUUUGCCCAUUGAUACAUACAGUUAUGGUAAAUCUAUCUAAACUUAAACUUAUAUAUAUCACAUACUUAAUAUUCAUUUCCUUCUCAAGUUUCGGAUUCAUAUUUCCGUACGAUA